UUUUCGGCACCGCGUCGGGCGCUCUAGCCACCGAGACUUUCACUCUUUAGUUUCCGGCUCAGUUCCGGAGGUUCCGCGCGGUAGGUUUACUGUAGACCAGCGCUGCACGUGGAGAGGUGUUUGGAUCCCGCGACUUCGCGCGCCAGACCCGCAUGUUCGAAGAGCCGGAGUGGGCCGAGGAGGCCCCAGUAGCCACGGGCCUCGGGCUUGUGGCCGCACGGCCUCGGCUUGUCUCAGCCUCACAAAUCAAGGGCUCCAAGCACCAUCAGCUCUUGGCCACAUUACGGGCCCUGGAGGCAGCAUCUCUUCCCCAGCAGCCCCCUAGCCUGCCUGACAGUGACUCUGAGGAGGAGGUAGUGGAAAGGAAGAAGAAACGCCCCAAAAAGGCCUCAUUUUCCAGUGUUUCUAAUGAAGUAGGAAAGAAGAGGAAGAAGAAAUGUCAAAAACAGGGCUCACCUAGCAGUGACUCUGAAGAAAACGAAGUAGAAAGGAAGAAAAAGUGCCUCGAAGGGAUUUUCAAUGCCAGUGUCUCUGCUGAAAAAGAGAAAAGGAAGAGGAAAUGCCAGAAACAGGUCCACCCCAACCCUGCCCAGCACCUGGACAAUGAUGACCAAACAGGUCCCAAAGCUUGGAAGAGUAGUGCUACAAAUGACCUAUCCAAGCCAAGUGCUGGGACCACUUCUGCCGACCCCCCCCAUACCUUGAGUCGCAAACAGUGGCGGAACCGGCAAAAGAACAAACGUAGACAUAAGAACAAGUUUCGGCCACCUCAGCCACCAGACCAGGCUCCAGGCACAGCCCCCACAGAGGUGACAGAGGUGCCUCCUGACCCCAGUCUGCACAGCCAUGAGGAUCGGGCCAGGGCUCUGCGAGCCCGCAUGGCACAACGGCUGGAUGGUGCCCGAUUUCGUUACCUCAACGAACAGCUAUACUCAGGGCCUAGCAGUGCUGCACAACGUCUCUUCCGGGAAGACCCCGAGGCCUUUCUCCUCUACCAUCGUGGCUUCCAGAGCCAAGUUAAGAAGUGGCCACUGCAGCCAGUGGACCGCAUCGCCAGGGAUCUUCGCCAGCGGCCUGCGUCCCUGGUGGUAGCUGACUUCGGCUGCGGGGACUGCCGCCUGGCUUCAAGUAUUCGGAACCCUGUCCACUGCUUUGACUUGGCCUCUCUGGACCCCAGGGUCACUGUGUGUGACAUGGCCCAGGUGCCUCUGGAGGAUGAGUCUGUGGAUGUGGCUGUGUUUUGCCUUUCACUGAUGGGAACCAACAUCAGGGAUUUCCUAGAGGAGGCAAAUCGAGUGCUGAAGCCAGGGGGUCUCUUGAAAGUGGCUGAAGUCAGUAGCCGUUUUGAAGAUGUUCGGACUUUUCUGGGGGCUGUGACCAAACUAGGCUUCAAAGUCAUUUCCAAGGACCUUACCAACAGCCACUUCUUCCUGUUUGACUUUGAAAAGACCGGGCCUCCUCGGGUAGGGCCCAAGGCUCAACUCACAGGCCUGAAGCUUCAGCCAUGUCUCUACAAGCGCAGGUGACCUCUGGGGCCCCCUUGAAAGGGGAGGCAAGUCUCGAGCUCCAGGCUCAGAACUCUGAAGACUGUAUCCAGCCAGGCUCUCUCUGACCCAGGAAUGAGUCCAUCCCUUCCUCCAUCCAAAGAACAAAGUGUGAUAACCCCCUGGUUCAGCCUUGCUCUAAUAAAGGCUUCUUGGUUCCAAGAAUCAUAAAGUCACUUGGGCUAGCUAAUAAAUAAGGAGUUUAUUGUGACAAGAGUGUUUGGGAAUUAGGGAUCCUCUAAAUGUCAUAGGAACUAGGUGGUUUGGAAUCCAAGGCAUCUCUGGGUUUGGUUCCUCUUUCCAUCUUUCAGGAGCCACGUGGACUUUCUGUCCUGGCAUCUCUACUCUUUUCUGAUUUUCCAUCUGCUGAGGAAGUCUACAGCCAGAGCUGGGUACAUAGGAGGUACUCAAUAAACUGUAGGUAUGACAGUUACCUUACAUAGUAAGUAAGCCUUACUAUUUUCUGAAGACCUUCCCUAGGUAGGGUUGGAGGUUGAAAAGAAUGGAUUUGUUGACGGAGAAAGACUCUGGGAGAGCUCAGGAUAGGGCUUUCAAUAGGCUUUACUUCAUAGAGUCUUUAGAGAUUAUUGGUAAGAUUCUGAUCUGUCCUUGGAGGGGGAUGGUGAGGAACCUGGAUCUCUUCAUAAAUAACAACUGGUUGAUGCCAUAGUAGGGUGGGAGUUUGGGCUGUCCCUUGGCAGAAGGGUCUCUUUUUUGUUUUUGCCUUGCAGUAGGCCCAGAUCAGCAUGUCCUGGGAUGGCUAUGGGCAAAGAAGGCUGGUGCUGGAAAAAGAUGAACUGGGAUGGUAGACCCUUGGCUUCUCCCAGAGGGCAUCUGCUGUGGAUCCAGACAUAAAGAUACAUCCUCUUUACCUGUUUCAAUGAGCAAACACUGAGCGUGCCCAAUGGGACACAGCUUCCAUUGCUCUGAGCCAGUCGGUACCUCCACUAGGAGAUGGAGGCUCUGAGGUAGGCCGUCGGCCAGAAGACAUGUUUGGAGGCUAGGCUGUGAACCAUUCAACAUACUGUACUGUGUCUUCCCACAUGCUUUUCUCUCUGCCAAAUACUCAUCUGACUGGCAGAGUCGUAUUCAUUCUUCCAAAUAGCCUUGCUGUGCCCUACUCCACCCUUUCCAAAGCAGAAUUAAUUUCUUCAUCUGUACUCUCUAAACUGGAUUGUAAUGGCUUUGUGCAUUAGGUUGUAGUCUUCUUGAGUCAUAUUUAUUUUUGUAUUCCCAGAGCUUGUUGCUGAGGUGGUGAUAAGGCAUAAUAGGGUCCAUUUGAGUGGAACUGAGGAGAGCAGGAUGUUGCAGGAACUCAAGUUCAGGGCACAGGAUGUGGGCACUGAGGACUAGGGACAAUGGAAGUAGUAGGCAGAUGGGAGAACUUGAGCAGGUAGAACCGGGGCGGGCAGCGGGGGGGAGUGUUGAGGGUUGGUGACAGAGAGGAAUCUGAACUGAGCCUCUGGUUUCUUGCUUGAACAACUAUUUGAGCUGGUGCUGCCAUUCAAAGUGUUGGGUUUCAGGUACCUGCUAGGUGUUCAUUUGGAAGAGGGAUGUAAAAGUGCCAGGAGAGAGCUGGCUAGCAUUUGGGAAUCAGCAGUCAUCAGGUGGUAAUUCAAGUCAUAAGAAUAGGUGAGAUAUCCAGAGUAAGGUAGUGAGAAGAGAAGAUGGCUCAGAAUAAAAUGGAGGAACAUUUAACAGAUGGGCAAAGGCAAACGGACCAUUAAAGGUGACAAGAUGAGAAAGUUAGGCCAGAAAUGGAGGAGUAAAACCAGAAGUGGAUGCUUUCAAUAUGAAAGGAAGGGAUAGGGAGGUUGUCAGCUGUCAAAUGCUCUUGCAAGAUGUGUUAAAAUCAGUGGCCUGGGUGGCUCUGUCAGUUAAGUGUCUGACUCUUGGUAUCGG